AUGGUGAUGUCCAUGUUUUUAUUGAACCGCUUUACUUUUUGUUUUUAUAUUGAGUAUUUGUUUGUAAUAUUGUUUGUAAUUUACUCUGCAGAGUUUGUCUGUGAAAGUGAGGCAACAUACCCUAAGAAAGUCAGGGACUCACAUAGGAAACCAAAGAGCGAUAUUGAUGAAACUAUGAGAAAGAUAUCAAAACAGAUGGGGAAGAUCUCUUUACAUUGUCAGUGCUACUUCCAGUCCUGUACUGAUGGAGACCUAAGCUGUGCUGACAGAAAACAUGUCAGUGCAUAUCAUAGUGAUGUUACCAGCACUACCAGAGUCACUAGAAGUGCCAGAGUCACUCCUAGGAGUGCAAAAGUAACUCGCAGUGUCAGACGAGUAUACAGGAGUAACAGUUCCCCUCGAACAAGAAGUUCAUCUUUCUCAUCCACAUCAUCCGGCAGCACAGCAUCUGCUUUAAAAAAAAGGAAAAAGAAAAAAAUGGCCACUGAUGAUGCACGGCAUAUCCACUUUGAUCUGAUUUCCUCCAAUUUGGAAUCAUCAAUGAAAAAUACUGAGGCAGCAUUGGAAUCUUUCAAGUCCCAGAACUCCGUAAAAAGUUCUGGUAGUUCAACCUCUGAGAAAAGCGAGCCGUCUCGAAAGUUUUUAGAUGAAAAAGACAUGCAAAUCCUCUACAGUAAAAAGCCUUCAAAAAAGAAAAAGACGCCUUACCCGCCUCUGUUAUCUUUGAGCAGCACGACAUGGUCAGACUCAUCUUCUGUUCCAUCACAAAGAAAACAAAAGGAAAAAGUAGCACCCCCUGAACCCGUGAAUCAAUCCCAGAAUGCUGUUAAUAGUAAAGUAUCUCUACAAGAUCUUAGAGACCAAAACGGGAGAGGAUCUAGUCCUUCACAUAGUUUCUCAUUCCGAAACUCUUUUAUAAACAAGAGUCUAGCUGUAAAUAAUAAUCAAAAUAGUGAAUCAAGAAAAGACCCAAGUAGCCCUGAUUGCAAUAAAAAUAAAAACCAUCGUCACAGAAAAUUAUCAGCAAGCAAGCGUAAAGAAAACACGGUUCAUCGAAAGAAGUCAGUCCCGGGUAGACUUCACAGAAAGCCAGCUAAACCCUGCCUUCAAAGCACAGAUAGUAAAGACCACCCUACCAAGCAUGAUAAGGUAGGGCCAAAUCUGUGUUCACAUUGCUGUGUUCAGGGUAAAGCCAUGACCAAGCCAUCCAGUUCGGCACAGUGUGGGGAACAGGGCAUCAGGAUCAUCACCAAGCCUGGGCAGUACAUUGUGAGGAAACCAGUGCAGGGUACCAACACCCAUGUCCUGCAUGUUGAGCCUGGUCGAUUUGUGAACCUGACCAUCCAUGACCUUGUUGAGUGUUAGAAUGUGGGGAACAAUUUGGUCUUUGUAAGCAUGUAAAUCUAAGCCGAUACUCCAACUCUACUUCUCUUCUAUUUAGAAGUUCCGUGUUCCAUAUAUUGACACAAGUGUUAUCCACUUAUCAUGUUUUAAAAGCAAUUGUAACAUAUUUUAUCCAUUUGUCUUUCUCUUAACUGCCAAAAAUACUGUUUAAUUAAUAUAUUAAUGAAAAUGCAAUUUUCUAGUCAAUAUAGAUAAAACCAAAUGCAUCAAGUUUUUUAAUUUAUUAUUUUAUCCUACAAAAAUGUGCCUGGCAUAUGAUAUUAUUGUAUCAUUGUAUAUGUUUAUUCUGCAAAUUCAUCUUGGCGAUACACAUUUUUAAUGAUUGCUAAAAUAAUUGAGGAUAAAUGUUCUGUAAUGAAGUACGUUUUUGAAAAAUCAUGAGUCAACACAAAAAUGCAACGAUCUAUGGUUGUUAUCAAAGCCUCUAGUGUACAUCAGCAUUUUAAAAAAAUAUUAUGCAUGAAUUUUUUUUAGUUGUUUAUUUAUUUUAUAUAAAUUUAUAUUUAUAGCCAUCCCAUUGGCAUAUAUUAUACUAUAAAUUGCAUUUUAUAUUAUGCAUUUUUAAAAGAUGUACAUUUUUCCUGUUAUAUUAAAAUAAGCGUGUUUUCUUUGAAUACAGAAACAACAUGUAGCUGUUGACAAAAAUGUGAUUUGACUUUACUGUGUUCAUUUACCAUGGUGUUGAGCUAUAAUUAUACACCAUCUACAUUUAAAAACUGCUUGAACAUGUCAAUAUUUUAUAUCUCUAAAAAUUAGAGUUUUUUAAGAGAAUUUUCAA